UCCGCGCCUUCCAGCACUUGAUCCAGCAGGGACGCAUCGUUCGGCCGUUUUUCCUUCGUUUCUCCCCCUUCUGCUCUACACGGUAGCGCGGCUCAACCACCAAAUUUUCCCCUAUCAAUCGAUCUCCUACACCCCAGCCCAUCGCAGAGCACCAUGGCCGAUUCGGUUGAAGUUGAGCAAAUGGCUGAGGCGAAGCCACGGAAGAUGGCACUGCCAACAUCGCUUGAUAAGGAUGCGAUCCGGGAGGCGUAUGAGGACGUGCGCUCGAACCUGAACGACUACGAAUGGGCCGUGUUCAAGUUCGACGGGCUAAAGAUCGUCUGCUCGGCGAAGGGCCAAGGCUUCGAGGAGUUCUGCAGCGAGUUUCAGGAUGACGAGCGCGCGUUCGGUUACAUCCGGAUGCAGAUGGGUGACGAGAUGUCGAAGCGCAGCAAGUUCCUGUUCCUCACCUGGAUCGGCCCGGAGGUUGGCGUCAUGCAGCGCGCGAAGAUGUCUACCGAUAAAUCGAUCAUCAAGGAUGUCAUCAACAAUUUUGCCGUCGAGCUGCAGGUGGAAACGAGUGCCGAUCUGGACUUAGAAAUGUUCAAGGCCCACCUUAACAAGGCUGGUGGUGCCAACUAUGGCACCGGUGUGCGGGAUGCAUAAGCCAGGAAGGGAUGAAUCGGGCACCGCGGGGAACGUCAACGAGCACGCAGCGGAAGGAAGCACAUGACCACUUUUACUGAGCGGAGCAACGUAGUCAGAGCAAGCGGAAAAGAGCAAACGAAACGAAUUAGUCGCUGGUUGCCCCACAUUGAUCACCACCUUUUAUCCCUGUGUUUCCCCGCGGCCCGAUCCAAACACAAUCUACCAACCCUUUAGCAUGUAGUGCGAUCGCGCUUGAACUUUCACUUAUUUAACAAACAUUCGGCAACACACGAACCUAUGUCGAGGAAGUUUCCGGCUCGACAUUUUUUCUACUGCUGCCCACGCCCGAAUAUAUACCAAGCCGUUCUAUAAGCGUUAUGUUAAUGUUAUGUGUGUUUUUUUUCUCGUCUUCGCCAAACUGUGCACUACUGGUUUCACAUUCGGUUUUGCAUCUUUAAUAUUUCAUUAAUUGGUCAGGUUAAUCAAUACAAGGGUCAAACAAACGUCUUGUUCAAGUUGGACGCAUUAAAUCAAAUUUCUCUGCAGUUCCGAUGACUUUCCGAUCGUAACCGGAUCGUGUUCGGAAGGGCCACCAAAAAAACAUGUCCUUAGCGAUGGUAUUCGUUUUAAGAGACAUAUCGGAGUUUCUUUGGCAGCAAUCAGUCCCGGUUUACGGUGAAUGAAACCUGCGAAGAACCUUUUCUUUAUACUAAAAAAGAACAAAUGUGGUUUACCGCAUCGAUGAACUGCACGGGAAAAACGGCGAUCGCAGGUGGAUAUGAAAAUUAUUAAAAUUUAAAAUUUAUCUAAAGAAAAUACAACGAAGAAACAUAGGCCUUUGUUCGUGGAACGAAAAAGAUGUAAAAUAAAUAUAAUUAAACAAUUAAUCAAUGCCGAUCUGGCGG